UCGGGUCCCUGGUCAGCCGUUUCGAUCCGGGGCGAUGUCAGGCGAGUGGCUUAACCGCUCUGUGCCUCGCUUUCCUCCGUCGCGAAACCGGACUGUUGACGCCGCCGUUCGGUUUUGUAGGCCUAGUGUGAGGCUUAAGAGCGUUUAGAAUAGUGUCUGGCCCCUAAGUGUGAUCCGUCGCUAUUACGAUUACCGCUUUGUAGUGGGUAACUGCUGGACCACUGAAGUAUCUCCUUUCAUUCUCCCACACGCUUUUUUCUAUUCUCUCCAUUUACAAAGGAGAUGAUGGAGGCUUAGGGAGGGAAGGUCAUUUGCCCAAGGGAGACGUCGAACAAUGACCUGGUGCCGGGCGUGAUUCCUGGGCUUUGUUCAUUCUGCCGAUGUUUAUUGUGCCUGUGCGAAUUAAAAUUUAGUGGGCCAUCUGAAAUCACUUGUUUACUCCACAGCCCCUUGACCUAACUGUGAGAUUGACGUUAGCCUCUCCGAGGUUCAGGGGAAGUACUUGAGGCUGGAAUAUAUGUAGUGACACCCCUCCCCCACCCCGUGUCCCUGCAGGUUUGGCCUUAGUCCAUUUGGUUUGGCUCCAGAGCCCUGGCUCAGACCCCAGAGGGAAUCCUUGCUCUGUCUGUUUCCAGUUCUGAGACUCCCCAGGGGUGAUCUGUAUAAACCUUGGGUCCUUGUCUGGAAAACAAAGAUAAAAGCAGGCUAACAGUCAGGUAUUUGUAGGGUGGGGAGGAUUCCAUGAGGGAGUAGAGCAGCUGGCACCCAGCCAGCAUUUGUUAAGUUGCCUCUCCCCACUGUGGCUUGGAGGUGCCCCCCAGCAUGGCCUGGGUCUCACGUUGGAGUCCCCAGAGCCCACUACACAGAAGAUGGCUGCAGUGAGCUGAGCAAGGGGACCACCACUGCUGUCUCCAGUGGAGCCCAUCUUGUGACGACAGCAGGAUUUACAGCACCCAGACCCCUGCCUGGCAUCCCGCUCGCCCAGACUGGACACCUGGGAGGCAUCCCCGACUCUCCCACACCCACCGGCUGACUAGAAGCCUUCUGCAGGGGGUCCCAGUACUCCUAGCGGUGCUAAGACGAGAGGAAGAAGAAUACAAGGUGGAAGAGUGGUUGAGUCCCGGUACUUGCAGUAUGAGAAGAAAACCACCAAAAAGCCUCCUGCAGCAGAUGCAUUAAAGGCCAGUGGGAAGAUGCCUGAAGGUGGAAGAAAACCCAACCCACUCCAGAAGAGCAAAGACAGCAGUGGAACUGGCAAAGGUGACCUGCAGUCUACCUUGCUGGAAGGGCAUGGCACUGCCCCACCUGACCUGGAUCUCUCGGCCAUUAAUGACAAAAGCGUGGUCCGAAAGACUCCACAGUUAGAAAAAACAAUGUCAAAGAAAGCUGAGUCAUCAUCAUUUUCUGCCUUGAGGAAAAAGAGCCCAGAUCUCUCCGAAGCGAUGGAAAUGAUGGAAUCCCAAACACUACUCCUGACUCUGCUGACCUUGAAGAUGGAAAGUGGUCUUGCUGCAUUCGAAGAAAAGGCAGAAAAGAAUUUAUUAAUAAUGUGCAAAGAGAAGGAGAAGCUCCAGAAAAAAGCUCACGAGCUGAAGCGCCAAUUUCUCCUCUGUCAGAGGAAGCGGGAGCUGGCAGACGUCCUGGACGCGCAGAUCGAGAUGCUGAGCCCCUGUGAGGCCAUAGCCAGCUGCUUUAAGGAACGAUACAAGACAUUUGCGACGGCCCUGGACACCACGAGGCAUGAACUGCCCGUGAGAUCGGUCCACCUGGACGGAGACGGGCAGUGCUUCUUAGACAAGUUGCAGGGGGAAUUGACGACCACAUGCCAUCUGCUGGGAGAACUUGGCAUCAGCAGCUCAGAAGAAAACGCGAAGGCCUUGGACCUGCUGAGGGAACUCAAGGAAAUGACCCAAAAGAAGGAUCUGGAGCUCCAAAGGAGCUUUACCCAGGUUCUGGAACUCUCCGCCGAGGCGAGUAAAGAGGCAGCCUUAAUCAACCAGGAGGCCUGGGAAAAGGCCCAGGGCCCCAAGGCCACCAGCCAGUGGUAUUUCAAUCCUGAGGAGGCCACUGGUGGGGAAACUCAGGGAGAGCUAAGGAGCCUGCUCCUUUUGGGCCACGACGAGCCGUGAAUCCACACGCAGGUUGUGUCCCCAACCGGAGUGGGGACCUUCCUGCACACCAUGGGGAAGGAAGCACGUCCUGUGCCCCUUGUUUGGGGUGGGGAGAGGGGGUGGACCUGCAGUGACCCACAUAUGAUGUUCUGGAAACUUGAGCACUUUAUACUCUUAGCCUAGCCAUAUAGUUAUUGUUUUGUAAGAUAGUCCCGUUUGAUAAUUUAACAAAUAAAACUGUUUUGCAGUUGA